AUGAUGCAGCUGUUCAUGAUGCAAAGUCUGCUGUGGAGUCUGGCUGAUGGUAGCGAUUGCGAUGGCAUUGACGUCUCACUCUUACAGACACAGCUCCGUUUAGACACGUCGCGUUUGUUGGAGCCUAUAGGGCGGAGCUUCUUUUCAGAGGACCCACAGCAGAGUGCGGAGUUUUGGAUCAGAUAUACCAGAGCAGAACGCAUGUCACUUGAGGAGAUGAAGGUUGCAGGGUUGCAGGAAAGCUCUGAGAAUGCGGCUGUUCUGGUGAAGAAGCCGGAUGGAACACCCUUGGAACAACUCUAUUUUCUGAAGGUUCCUAAUUGGAAAAGUUCCAAGAACGUGACCAUGAGGGACUUUGUUGAGGCUGCCGAUCUCAGCUGGAAAAAGGUCAUGAGACACGAGCAGGCCUUCAGUCCAUGGUCAGAUUUCCAUGACGGCCACACGAUGGACACCCUGCGCUUUAAUCGUUUGAAAAAGGAUCAGGUGUCCUUCCAGCUCUAUGGUUCUGGCAGUGUGGGACGCGCAUACAUCCCACAUACCACUUCCACCAUGGAAUGGUUUGGAGAGGAAUGGGAUGUUUCGAAAGAUGCCUAUGCCUCCAAUGUGAGUUUUGACUACACGGAGGUGGACAAGUGCCGCAACUACAGUGCAGAUGACCACACCUUACCCAAUCGAGCCUUUUGGAAAAGCACCUUUGCCGUCCUGAAUGUCACAGCUGCCCGGGAUUUUGCUGUUGAUGUCUUGCAUGCAAAGCCCCGAAAAGUCAAUCCAUAUCCUUGGCCACCGAAGCCCGGAUGUAUCGCAGUGCAAUGGCUGAAACUGCCGCAUCAAAAUGAUUCGCUCGCCUUUCAAUUCCAUUUUGUGCAGGACUUUGUGUAUGACACGGUUCUUUAUGGCCUUCCGGAGUUUCUACGGUACCAGCGGGAGUUCUUGAAGUCGACCAAGGGAUGUAUCAACGGUUUCAUGCUCAAUAAUUUGAUCCUGAGAACGGCAUCUCUUGAUCCUAUCGUGAAACGUUUGAACGCGCUCGCUGCGCGAUACUUUGUCUUUGAGAUUGCUGCAGGUAAGUAUGCACUGCUCUUCUCAUUUCCUGGGAACGAAGGUAUCACUUUGCAGAUUCAAUCUUCUCACUUGAGCUAUGUUGCUCCAAAGCGUGAUGAUCGUUUGGUCGGCACCAGCAUCGCAAGGGAUUUGCUGCGCAUCUUUCAGGCGGCUAUCGAUGGCUCUCGAUGGCUCUCCUUGGGCUGGUUAUCUCAAGUUCAUGCUGUUAUGGCUGUGGGUUUUGCGCUAAAACGUCACUGGCACCUGGUGGGAUCCGAGGACUUUGACAAGGUGAUUUCCAGCGGCCUCGGUGCCACAGGCCAAGACCUUCUCGCGGAGCGUUCCCUGGAAGUCCUGGCCUCCUUGUGCGACCACCUGAGCCGUGAAUCCGAAGAAGGGAAGGACGGCUGCACCGCGGUGCUCUCCAAGUUGACCCGUCACCUGCCGGCCGUGCUGCGCUUCGCGCGGCACGGGCUGCACCGCCGCGCAGAGCCCGGGGACGUGGCGCUGCGGCGCAUGGCGGUGACGGCGGCGCGCGCCUUGCACCGCGCGGGGCUGGGAGGUGACCCUGGCGGCAAUGGCUGGGUGGGGAGAUGGUGUUUAGGAUGGGUUUACUUUACUUUUAUUUUUCUUAUUACAAAAAUGAAAUACAAUAUAGUAGGAUGA